AUGCCUCCCAGAUUACAGAGCCUGCAACGGCUGGGCACCGCUAGCCUGUGCCUGCGCCCAGCUGUGAGGCCAGCAACACCGAGCUUCCUCCCGAUCGUGCAGACCGCCAACCUCUCCCAGCGGGAGAAGAAGCGCAAGGCGAAGCAGGACCCCUACCGAUACCAACAGGCGCAGCAGCGCAAGGCUGCGAACGAGAAGAGGCAGGCCGAGAUCCAGGCGGAGAAGGACGCGAGCUGGGGCAACCCGAUCUACGGAAUCCAGACUCCCUUUGUCGAAUCGUUCGAUUCCGCCGGCCAGGCGUCCAUGACGCCCGAGAUUAAGGAUGACAAGGGCAACGUCAUCCAGAAACCGCACCCCCUCCCGACGUCGCCGGGGCUGCUGAACCACCUCGUCACCCGCGACGAGCUGGAACAAGUGAUACAAAAGGCCUACGUGCUCACGCAGCCGGUCAUGAACGAGAACCCCGAAUACUCCGACCCCACCGCGCACAAGAUCGCCGUCAGCAAGCACAAGAGCAACCACGUCAAGGCGGUCGAGGCCUUGAACCGGAUUCUGUCGAUGGAAAACGCAAGUUCGAAGAUUAUCCUGCACACCAAUAUCAAGAGAUGCGUGGAGGAGUUUGGACGCCACAACACCGACCAGGUUUUGAGGCAGAAGCCCAAGUCCAUCUAUGUCGACCCCGAAGCUCCGGAAAAGCCCGAGAGGGCCGGUCCUGACACGGGAAGUUCGGAGGUGCAGAUUGCGAUCUUGACGGCCAAGAUCAGGAAGCUGGCCAUGGAGCUGGGCCGGAACCGCGGCUACAAGGACAAGCACAACAAGAGGAACCUGAGGGUGCUCUGCCACCGGAGGCAGAGGCUGAUGAAGUACAUGGAGAAGAAGGAGAGGGGCAGCGAGCGGUGGACGAAUAUGCUCGAGAAGCUGGGUCUGACACCGGCAACCUGGCAAGAGCAGAUCAGCUUCUAA